CCCCGAAACGCGUCAUGGACCCGCUGCAGGAGCGCAGAGACAAGUAUUUCAAAAGGCUCCAAGUAACAGGAACUUGCUACUUGGAUCAUGCAGGCGCAGGAUUAUAUUCUGAUAACCAAGUUGAUGCGGUUCGGAAGGAUUUAAUUAACAAUGUUUUUGGAAAUCCCCACUCAGCGAAUUCUGUCAGUCUUCGUUGUAGAGACAGUGUUGAUCAAGUCCGAAAUAGAGUCCUGAAGCACUUCAACACAACUGCAGAUGAGUAUAGCGUAAUCUUUACUUCUGGUGCUACUGCUGCCAUGAAAAUGGUUGCUGAUAGUUUCGAUUGGGCGGACUCAUCCGCAACCACAAGGAGUCAUUUUGUAUAUGCGCAGGACAACCACACCUCAGUAUUGGGCCUUGCAGAGUCAUUCCGAGACAAACCUGUGAUAGUCAAGAGUUUACAUCACGAUAAUCUGAUAGACAUAUUUACGCAAGAGACUUUGGAAGCUCAAUCAGAAAUCUCUGAUCCGUGUAAUUUAGCAAAUUCAUUGUUUGUAUAUUCUGCAGAAUGUAAUUUCUCAGGUGUUAAAUAUCCUCUGGACUGGAUUAGAAAGUGUCAUGAAGGCUACUUGAAUGAAUACUGCGGCCUAGAAAGGAAACACCGAGGUGUCAAGUGGCUCUGUUUAUUGGACGCAGCAACCUAUCUCUCAACUAACGAAUUGGACCUUACAGAGUACAAGCCUGAUUUUGUUUGUGUUUCAUUCUAUAAGAUCUUUGGGUACCCGACUGGGCUUGGAGCUCUUCUAGUCCGAAAUACAUCCAGCGGAGCGCUGAAGAGAAGGUAUUUCGGAGGAGGCACAGUGAAGAUAGCAUUGAGUGAUGGCUCCUUUCAUGAGUUACGAGACUCCAUGCAUGAGAGAUUUGAAGAUGGUACAGUGAACUAUUUGGCAAUACUAUCAUUGAUACAUGGUUUCUCCUCCAUAAAUGAGGUGACAGGAGGGAUGAGAAAUGUCGCCCAAACCACUUUCAAUUUAGCCCAAUACACUUACAUAAAACUUCUGAAAUUGCAUCAUUCCAACGGAAAGCGAGCUGUAGAAUUAUACACGGACACAGAUUACUCUAGUCAUUUGCAUCAAGGUGGCAUUGUCACUUUUAAUUUGCUGCGAGACAAUGGAGAAUACAUUGGUUUUAUGGAGGUCCUGAAUCUGGCAAACCUUCACAACAUUCAACUGAGGACUGGAUGUUUCUGCAAUCCAGGGGCAUGUCAGAGGCACUUAAAACUAACCAAUGAGCAAUUACAUGCAAACUUUGAGGCAGGUCAUGUAUGCGGGGACAGCAGAGAUCUAUUGAACGGACACCCAACUGGUGCAGUGCGUGUGUCUUUUGGCUAUUCCUCAACGCAAUGUGAUGCAGAUAAACUUUUAGAUUUGAUAAUUCGUUGCUUUGUCACUAAACCAAUUAUAGAAAAAUUACCUGAUGACUGGGGCUUGAGGUUAAAAAAACUGAAUCGAUUUGUGCCUGGUUUACAAAUCAAGGAAAAAAUCAAUCUCCUACAGAAUGGAGCCUCAGAGAAAAAGGAUCAAAAGAAUGAGGAAGCAAAUUGUUUGUCCGACAAAUCUUCUGUAUCAUCUUUUCCCAGAAUGGUUUCUUGCUCACAGUCAGGAAAGGAACCUCAACUUCAUAUCAAAAGAAUUUUUCUCUAUCCAAUCAAAUCAUGUGCCUAUUUUGAGGUUGAAAAUUCAUGGAUCAUCAAUGAAACUGGGCUUCAGUUUGAUCGCGAAUGGAUGAUUAUUGAUGAACGUGGGGUUGCACUGACCCAAAAGUAUGAGCCGAGACUGUGUUUUAUACAACCACGAGUGAACUUGAAGACUCAACACUUAGAACUUCAUUAUAAAGAUCACCAUGGAGUUUGCCGUGUGCCUCUGAAUUUGGCAGAGGAGAACAGUAUUAACUCAGGGGGAAAUUCUGUAUCAUUAUGUCAGAGCAAAGUAUGCGGUGACAAUAUCACCAUCAGAGACUGUGGCGAAGAUGUAGCCCUUUGGUUGGCAAAACUUCUAGAUAGAGACAACAUCAGGCUUGUUAGGCAUAUCCAAAGACAUUCUAAAAAUAAUUCAGGUAUUAACAAACUCCCGCUCACACUAUCAAACCAAGGUCAGUACCUGCUAAUAAACAUGGCAAGUGUGCAAUGGCUAAGAGAGCUUGUAGCAGAAAGCAUAGAUUUAACAGAGGAAAAUCUCAUGCACCGAUUUCGAUGUAAUUUUGUCAUUUCACCGACAGAAAAGCCUAUGGAAGAACUAAAGUGGACAGAGUUAAAGAUUGGAAACUUAAAAUUCAAGGUGGACAGUCCAUGCACACGAUGUCCUGUCAUUUGUGUAGAUCAAAAAACCGGAGAAAAAAUUAAUGAGCCGUUUACAACGUUAGCAGCAAACUUAAAAGGAAAAGUACAGUUUGGAAUUUACCUCAGGCUGAUAGAGGACUCGUUGAUAUCCCAGAAAAUAAUUUAUGUUAAUGAUACUGUGGAAAAUAUAAAACCGUGAUUUUAAAAUUUU